AGGGAGAAGCUGGAGUGUUAUAAGUGCCCUGCUGCUGAAAGCAAAUGCAUCAGAUUUGUAGACAUCAUUGUGAAGAGCAGAAGAACAGUCUGUAGAGCGUCUGAUCGAGGAUGUGUGUAAAGCGAGCACUCUGGUGGAUGGUGGUGUGUGUGGUGAUGCUGCAGGUGAGCUCUCAGCACUGGUCUCAUGGCCUCAAUCCAGGAGGAAAGCGUGCAACCAUGCAAGAGACUGUGCAAGAAAUGCCAAAGGUCUCCAGCUACGCAUGCGAUUAUGUAGACGUUUCACCUUGGAAUAAACUCUACAGACUGAAAGAUCUGUUGAGCAGAGUCGCUGAGAGAGAAACUGGACAGUAAGACGAAUCGCGAAAACUGAUCAAGAUCUUCAAUGAAAUGCUUCGCCUUUAUUUUGUGUGUUUGUUUUUCCUGUAACGCAUCCAAUUUUUUUGUAGCAUGUCGUUAUUUACAUGUUAAUAAAAUGUGUCAUUAUUAAGUAA